UAAAAAAAAAAUAUCGAACCGGAGCGAGGAGCACAUUUUCCUGAGCACGGUUACAGAACGUUGCUAACCGAAUUGUCUGCAUCUCGUACAGUUGUUAUCGUGCAGGCACAAAACCCCCCGAACGCAUUACGUGUGCAGUGAUAAACAGUGCAAGUCCAAACGUUCUGUCGCAAUGUCGUGGUUGUUCGGGUAUAAAAGUCAAGCUCCUCCGCAGGGCGGUGAUGGUGGACCGGAACCGCCGGGACCGCCACCGUCGUCGGCCGGCAGCGCCGGUCAGAUGGCGGGCGAUGCCAAUUUGACCAAGGCCGAACGGAAAGCCAUGGAAGCGUAUCGGUUCGAUUCGUCGGCCCUGGAACGGGCGGCCGAAGCUGCACGCACCCUGGAGCGUUCGAAGCACGCCCGGGAAGCGCUGGAGCUGUCGAAAAUGCAGGAAAACACUCGCCAGCAGGAGUAUCUGGCAAAGGUGAAGGAGUACGAGGCUCACAUAGAAGCGUCCAAGGUGGAGCAUAAGCGCGUGGACCAUGAGGAGCGUCGAAAGACGCUGGCAGAGGAAACCAAGCAACAGCAGCAACGCGCCCAGUACCAGGACCAGCUCGCUCGCAAACGGUACGAGGAGCAGCUGGCCCAGCAGCAGCGGGUGCAGGAGGAAAAUCUACGCAAACAGGAGGAAAGCGUUGCGAAACAGGAGGCAAUGCGCCGCAAGACCAUCGAGCACGAGAUGGAGCUGCGGGAGAAAAACAAGAUGAAGCUGCUCGAGGCGGAACUGCGUGCUAAAGCGAAGGUGGAUCGGGAAAACCGUGACCUAACGCUGGAGCAAAUCCGCCUGAAGGCGGAAGAGAACCGCAUCACCGUGAUGGAGGGCAUUAAGACGGCCGGGUCCGUCCUGGGGCAGGGUGCCACCGCACUGCUGACCGAUUGGAACAAGGUGGUCACGACGGUCGGCGGCCUGUCGCUGCUCGCACUCGGCGUGUACACGGCCAAGGGGGCAACGGGCGUAACGGCACGGUAUGUCGAGGCGCGGAUAGGUAAACCGUCGCUGGUCAAUGAAACGUCACGCUUUUCGCUGCUGGAGGCACUGAAACAUCCCAUCGAGACGGUGAAACGAAUGAAGCACAAACCGACCGAAGCCCUGCAGGGCGUUGUCCUGCAGCCCAAGCUGGAGGAGCGGCUGCGAGACAUUGCCAUCGCGACGAAAAACACCAAAAACAACAAGGGCCUGUACCGGAACAUUCUUAUGCACGGUCCGCCCGGAACCGGUAAGACGAUGUUCGCCAAGCGGCUCGCCACCCACUCCGGCAUGGAUUACGCCAUCAUGACGGGCGGCGACGUAGGACCGAUGGGACGGGACGCGGUGACGGCCAUCCACAAGGUGUUCGAUUGGGCCAACACUAGCCGGCGCGGUUUGCUGCUGUUCAUCGACGAGGCCGACGCUUUCCUGCGCAAACGAUCGUCCGAACAGAUCUCGGAAGACAUGCGGUCCGCGCUGAACGCGUUCCUCUAUCGUACCGGCGAGCAAAACCCGCGCUUCAUGCUGGUACUGGCGUCCAACACGCCCGAACAGUUCGACUACGCCAUCAACGAUCGGUUGGAUGAGAUGGUAGAGUUUACCCUGCCCGGACUGGAAGAGCGGGAGCGUUUGGUACGUCUGUACUUUGACAAGUUCGUGCUACAACCAGCCGCGGAAGGCAAGAAACGCUUCAAGGUGGAACAGUGGGACUACAGUGCGGUGUGCAGCAAAAUGGCUAAAAUGUGCGAAGGCAUGUCGGGUCGUGAAAUCUCGAAGCUGGGCGUAUCCUGGCAGGCGGCCUGCUACGCCUCGGAGGAAGGCGUCCUCACCGAGCAGAUGGUGCUGGAUCGGUGCGAAGCCGCCGUCCGGCAACAUCGGCAGAAGAUGGCCUGGCUUUCGGAGCAGGAAAAGCUCGACCACAAAUCCAUCACCGGUGGUAAAGGGUUUCUGACGCAGUAAAACGUUACCGGCGCGCUUACCGGAGUAAGUAGAAAGUUAACGAUAAUCGGUGGAUGGAUGGAUUGGGCCCGGAACAUCGGUUCGAUUCCAUUGCUUACCAAUCUAGCAUCGGCUCAUUAAAUGCCCUAUCACUGCCAAUGAGCUGACGGACGGGGAUUGUGAAAGUGGGUGGAAUCCAGCGGUUGAUCGGUUGGGACGCACCACCAAUGGGGCAUAUAUUCCGUACUUUGUGCCAUCCAUCCAUUCUGUGGGGGUUUUCGUUCGAGUGUAGGAGAUUUAUAUUAAACUUCCUAUGAACGAGCCCGCACUUUAAUCCACUCAGACGCACCAGUUCGACAGGAUGCAUUUUGCCAAGAAGGGGCCGCUUUUACUGCACCUGCACGUCCGGUGGUUAGGAGCUGUCCGGCAAAACAAAGCAGCUACCCUUCUUGUGCGACUCCGAAUGUGUUCGAUAGUUCGUUAGUGAUAAGACAAAUGUUUUCCUUCCUCCCCUCUCACCCUUUUUCUGUGCGGUUGCCAGCUGGUAAUGUGUUACAAACUGCCGUAAAAUUGCAAUUGUUAUCUGUUACGGAGCUAUAGUUAUCCUUUUCUAUUUUGUUCUUUCCUUUGGUUUACGAGAAGCUAUGUUAACAAACAUAAAACAUGUAUAAAAUGGGGACGAGUUAAUGAUAAA